CUUUACAACACCACUACCACUACUCUCUAGUAACACUCAGCUCUGGUGAAACGUAAAGAUGUAUUUUGGCAUGUUAGUAUACCGAAUGGAGAUCGCAUUUUACAUUGAAUAGGCCUACCUAUGUCAGUUUACUUCAGCACAUCUUACAUGUUUAUGUCGCAUAUAAACAAACGAUUCUGUGUAAUGGUAUAGUUGUUAGAUCUGUGGGGAUUUGAAAGUACAUUUCCAUCUAGCUAGGGCCUGAACUAGGCGGCGGCCUAGCAGCUAGGGCCUAGGCCGAGAGAGUGUCUCUUCCAGCGUUGGAUUUUGCUGUCACGACUUCACGGAACUUACAUGUUUCAAUGGUUGCGCUUUGGAUUCUUACAACUUCUUACUGAUUAUAGAAUAUACGUGAACUACUAGCUAUCAAUAUUAUAAGUGGUUGGAAAUGAAGAAUUCAAGGUUACUGUUAUCUUUUGCAAAAGUUAUAUGAAGUGUAGGACAGUCAUUCAAACAAGUGCUUAUUACUGUAGUGGAGGUGUUGUGCUAAACAUUGAAACGGGACUGUCGCUAUAAAAGGAUAUGAAGGGAUCUAUGACAUAUUGAUAUUUGAAAUAGACAUUUCAAUCAAUUAUAAACAUGAGUUAUAAAAAAGAGAAUCCUGACGUUAUACAGUCAAUAGAACAGGAACUAGUUCUAUUAAAACAGAAACCAAAACAAUUAAAUAUUGUUCGUGUGAAAUUUGAAUAUAACAAAGAAAAAAGAUGUUUAGAAGUUCAUCGACCCCUUAAAUUCCAGGAUCUUUUAAAUAAAGCAAAGACUGCAUAUGGAUUACCGGCCACUAUGCAAGUCCAUAUGAGGUUUACAACACACGAAAUUAAUUCAUCUAUAAUCAUUCCAAUUGACAGCCAAACCGAUUUGGACCAAGCGGUUGAACUUGUUGAUCGAAAUCCAAAUUCCAAAAGUCUCAGGAUAUGUUUAGAAGCACUGAAUUCUGGGAUGCGGGUUAUGAGCAAUGCUGAGUUGUACGAUACAGCAAUACGCAACAAAUAUCCGUCAGCUAGCAGGUCCUUAUCAACACCCCAGGUGGUGGGGGGCAGUCCUGGUAGUGAAACCAAGAGGCAUUCAACUCCAGCAUUAGGGUCAAGGGAAUCACCCCCACCUGGUUAUGUACCUCCAGAUUAUCCAUUGCAUCAAACCAGUGAUCGAGAUGAAUUUAUUCCGGAAACACAUGAGGAUCAUGAAUAUAUUAUAAAUAGUCCACAAGGAAGUUCAACAUCAUUAGACAAAGUGGGUGGUCCAUAUAGAGGAAGUGUAUCGUUAGGAAGUGCAUCAGGGGCAAGGUUAAAAAGUUCAAUUAGCCAUGAGGACUUUACAGAUUCAAAUUACGGCCAUUAUAGAGAAGGAAAUAAAGGUAGCACAUUUCCCAGUCGGGGAAACAGUACAAAGUUUGCUCCAGCGGAUUAUACAGAUGGUCGAAGAACUUUUCCAAGCAGGGUAACGAGUAGACCACGUUUAAGCACAUCAAUAAUUGGAAAUGAGACCAGCCCCCAUGGCAGUGAAAUAUCGUUUCAGACAGGAAGCAGUGAAAGCAGUGGUAUUGGCAUAGACUUGGCCAGUGACGUUGGUCGACCGAGGCGAGAUGAUAUGGAAGUUAUUAGCAGAAUAGAAGAAAUUAAAAUAGGAGAUAAUGCAAAAUCACCUAGGGCUCCGGUUAAUUGGUCAAAAGGAAAGUUACUAGGCCAAGGGGCAUUUGGCGUGGUCUAUCUUUGCUAUGACAAGGACACUGGUCGAGAGUUAGCAGUCAAGCAAGUGAACUUAAAUGGAAAUCAUGAUGAAGCUAGAAAGGAAGUUGGGGCGUUAAAGUAUGAGAUAGAGUUAUUAAGGAACAUUAACCAUGAGCGAAUUGUCCAAUAUUUUGGUUGUCAUGAAGAUUCUAACACAUUAUCAAUCUUCAUGGAAUUCAUGCCUGGUGGCUCUCUUAAAGACGUCAUUAAAAGCUAUGGUGCAUUGACGGAACCAGUAACCAGGAAGUAUACCAGACAGAUACUGGAGGGUGUCUCGUUCCUGCAUGCUAGUCACAUUGUUCACAGGGAUAUUAAAGGUGCUAAUAUACUGCGUGAUUCCAUGGGUAAUGUCAAACUAGCCGAUUUUGGUGCAUCCAAGCGGUUACAGACAAUCUGUACUGCUGUUACUGGAAUGAAGACGGUGACAGGCACACCAUAUUGGAUGAGCCCGGAGAUAAUCAAUGGAGAAGGAUAUGGCAGGAAGGCUGAUGUGUGGAGUAUUGGCUGCACUGUAGUAGAGAUGUUGACAACAAAGCCUCCAUGGGCAGAGUUCGAAGCCAUGGCUGCUAUUUUUAAGAUCGCUACGCAACCCACUAAUCCAACUCUUCCCGGGCAUGUGUCAAAUGAUGCAAAAGACUUCUUACGAUGUACGUUCCAAGAGUCACCAAAGGAAAGACCACUAGCAGUUCAGCUUUUAAGUCAUCGCUUUGUCAGUCAGUUCAACAUGGAAUAAGAACAGUCAUGUUGCACAAAGCUACAAAGCUAAUCAGUGUUCAAACAUUUCAAGGAUAAAGUGUACCUAUAUAGAUGUUGUUUUUCCAGUUGAAAAGACACUGAACACAAAUAUUGAAUGUGCUUUCCAUAAUAAGCGGACAAUAUUUUUCACAAGCUGAAAUAGAGACUUACCAUGUGGAAAAAUAAGCAUGUAAAUAUGUGUACAAAUGAAGUGGACAAAUUGUGAACUAAUUGAUUACAACUGAGGAAACAUGAACAUCAAUGGAACAAUUGAACCCGGUGAUGGCUUAUUUGAGAAUCAUUUUUGAAGGAGAUGCUUGGUAACCUGGCAACGUGAUGAAAAUUUCUGUGAUGUUUUUCUAACACAUUUUCUUAACUCGCAUAUCUGUAGCUAUUUUUGCACUUGCUUGUUUUUAUAUUUGAGUAAAAGUUUAUUGGGGUAGUAAGCUCUAAUGACUUUCCUGAACUUUUUUAUAUAUACUUGUGAAUUACGUAGCCCAAAAUCAAGAUAUUCAAAGACUUGAUAAGAAGAACAAUGAAGGUCUUUGAUAAGAAUUAAUUUCUGUAAAUUUUGAAAAAGAUAUCUUAAUAUAUGAUAUGUUUCAAAUAGAAUUACUGGUAUCUAGCUUCAAGAAAGCUACCAUGUUUUUAUACAUAUUAUUAAUGAAUAGGUCUAUGAUGAUUUUUAUAAUUUUAAUAUUAUAUAUCUACAAAGUUAUAUGAUUAGCAUAUGAAUAUUCAUAUAAAAGGCUUAAAGUUUGUGGAUACCAAAUAGUACAAUGCAAUAUCUGUUGAACUUUUAAGAAUAACACAUACUUUUUUGGGGGAUAAAUUCAAUCAAGUAGAUUCCUGUAAUGAAAGUGCCUUUCUACUGAUCAGAAUAAUAAAAAUAUACCUUGGAAGUUUAUGCAAACUUUAUUCCAAUGAAACUGUACUAUUGAAUGUUUUACUUGAAGUACCUUAGGGCACCUUUGUCAUUAAUUAAAAGUUAUAUUUUUACAAUUUAGUGGAAAGCUUUUGUAUAAACCUGCAAAAACAGUUUCUUUUUGGGUUGUGGAUAUAUGGUAAACCACAAAACAAAGCAAAAACAAUUAUCAAUUAUUCUAUGAUAACUUGAUACCCUUUCUCAUUUAAUUGUUGUACUAUGUACUUUUCAAAUGUGCUUUUCAAAACUCUUGUUAAAUUUUUUAUAAUCACAUCCAAUUCAACCAUUACAGAGUUGGUAUAAAAUGCUCAUGUGAAAAAAAUUCUGGAAUUUGGACCCAACACCCUGAAAUUGGAAGGCAGCUACUAACUAUAAAAAUAAUGUACUUGCUGUAAUUGAGAUAUUUAAUAAUAAUCUUAUGAAUGGCAUAUUUCUAUAUAUUUAUGAUUAUAUAAUAUAUUAUGUAUAAUAAUGAAACAAUUGUAUUAUUUUCAGUAUUUCUUAUCCAUUGUUUAUGAUGUUCUAAGUAUCUGUAAAUGAUAUUUUAAUUUUUCAUAUAUUCUUUUGUUUGAUUUUUAAAAUGUAAGUGCUAUACAUUGUUUUAUUACCCUAUCAAAUUUAUCAAUUCUUAUAUUUAGAAUUUUUCUAAAUUUUUCAGUUAUAUUUGCAUUAUACUAUUUUAAUUUAAAGUAUAUAAUUAAGUAAUAUAUAGUGAAUUAUAUAAUUUUUCUUGAUCAGGGAUGGAUGACUUACUGGUGGACAGAAUAUAGAGUUAUUUAAGAUAAUUAAAGGAUAGCUUUGCUCUCUGAUUGGUGUAUUACACAUAUCAUUAAGUUUGAUACUAGAGUCAUGGAAGAAGUGCCAUUUGGCAGUUUCUGUUCUGUGAUUGGUGUAUUGAUCAUUAACCUAUAACAUUUCAAACUUGGCUUUUAGUAUCUGCUUUUAUACUUAUAACAUAUCAAUUUAAUAUGUUUUUGUAUCAUGAAAGUGCAGAGUUAGGUUUCUAGAAACCCAGCUUAAAUAGAGAGUCAAUUAUAGCUGAUGUUUUUCAUAAAUCGCUUUACACUUGUGAAGGAGGGAAUAGGAAUUUAAGAUACCAUAUAUUCUCAAGUAUAAGACAAGGCAUAAUAUAGCAAAUUACGAUAGAAAAACAGGUGGUCGUCUUAUACGCGCAGUACAUACAAAUUUUUUAUUUUUCAAUCAUGUUCGUCUUAUGUGCGUUUAUAACACACGAAUGUACUACUACUGAAAUGAAGCUGCUAACUGUUAGUAUGAAUAAAUGCAAUUUUAAAUGCAGGAAAUUAGAUUUUGAUGAACAUUUAAAAGCCCAUAAAAUGGUAUUAUUUGGAAGAUUUGGCCCAACAUCUGGCCCUGUUUUUAGGCAGCUAGAUGCAGUUUCAAGACCAUAAAAAGCAGCAAAAAGUAGGAAUACACCGGACGUACUAAUAUCUUCUGAAAAUCUUCUCCUACUCGAGUAUAUACAGUAACCAGUUAAGGACUCGCAUGGUAUAUCAACUACUGAAAGUACCUACACUACAGAUUCUGUUGUUUAUUGAAAGGUUUUUAUCAUUGAUUAUUUACAUGUACUUGUCUUUCCUGAGCAAAUGCUGCACAUAAAGCCAUUAUGUUAUUUGAUAACUAAUUAACAAAAAUGUGGUAAUCUCCAUGACAACAUAAACCUAAAUCAGUUGUAAUAUCCAUGAAAAUACAAACAUAUUAAGUCCUUAAUAGCUCCAAGUCUAAAUCUAAUAAUAAAUAAGGAUCUAUUUAAAAUUUGUUAUUAUUAUAUUUGUUUGUUAUUCAUAUUGUUAUUACUAAUAUAUCAUAUUUUAUAAUAUAUCAAGUUGUAUGAAAAUAUGUACUUAAACUUUAAAAGCUAUUCUCUAUGUUUUUGUUUUAGCCCUAUGGGGAUUCCUUACAACAAAUUACCUGUUAAAAACAUGAUAGAGUAAUUGUAACAAGAUUUUUUUUGAAAGCUAGAAAAUAUAAAAUUCCUUUCCCAUCUCAAAUUGGCAAAGUUUGUCCCAGCAUGGAGGAAUUACCAAUUUCUCCAUGGUCCCAGGUAUUCUUUUUCCAGCUCUCGACACUCUUUCUUUAAUAGUGAUAACUGCCCUUGUACGAUAGGCUGCAGGUUACAGUGUCUGUUGAUCCCAGUUGUUACAUGGUUUAUAUGUACAUCAAGUGUGCAUCCGGUGUGUAGUAUAAUGUUGCAGAGUGAUGAAGCAUGCACAUUUUCCCAUAUAUAGAGUAACUCCUCAAUCCUACAGAAACCCACAAGCACACAUACCCCCUCCCAAUAUACAUACAUGCAUCCUCACCCUCUCUUACUGACAAACUUUCCCAUAUUAAACCAUAUUAAGCAAUAAUGAAAUAUAUGGUUGAAGAAAUGUUAUAUAUCUAGUGCCAUGUAUGAAUAUCUAUUGGUGUAUAAUGUCAAUGUACCUAACAGUGCAGAUGUAUUAUAUGAUGUGGUGUAAAAUGAAAUGUAUUGAGGGUGGAAAAAAAUCCAUACCAAAGCAAUUCAAAUAACUAGCUAACAAUGUAUCCAAAGUUGAUUAAGGCAAGGUCAAUGAGAAAACUCAAAGCCUACCACUCCUUUUUGCUCUACUUGAUGAUCCCAUCCUGUUACAAAGAGUUCAAAACAAUCUCUUGACACUGUUUAUUUGUUAUUAAGCUUGUGAUUUUUUAUGAUGUAUUUAAAGGUACUACUAUUAAUCCAAAUUAUAUAUUAUAUGAGAGUGAAAUUAUGUCAUCACUUCUAUUCUCAACAAUACAAUUUAUAGUAGACAUAACUUUUGUACCAGCAGUUAACACAACAAUGCAUAGGAAAAUUUUAAAAUAUUACAACAGUAAUGAACCAACAUAAAUCGACCAUGUUUUUUUUUUUACAAUAUAGAAAGUUCCAUUUGUUGGGUUUUUUUAAUCAGUUAAAAAAUGAAGAAAAUAUUUUUUUAAUGAAGAAAUGACCAGUAAGAACAUAAAACUACUAAUUCUAAUAAUUAAUAUUGAAUGUAUAAUUCAUGUAGUACAUAAAAUUAAAUUUCUAAAACUAGCUAAUCUAUAGUUUGGAACUUGAUAUUUUGCUUGCUGAGCCAGUUCCAAUUUGGUAUUGCAAUGGUUGAUAAUGUAGCCAUAAAUUUAAACAUUUGCAUUCUAGCUUUGAUGUACCCUCUACAUUUUGCAAUAAUAUCUAUCAAAAAUAUCUCUUAAUAUAUAAUAUUUUAAAGAGAAAUGAUGUUAUGUAUUGUCAUAAAAUAUAUUGUACAUUGUGCAUUGACAAGAUAUAGGUGAAAUGUGGUGCUUAACAGUUGAAUGGUCCCAUGUUGUCAUAGCAAGUUAUCUUACAAUUAUUAAUUUUACAUCUCUUUCUUAACGAUUUUGGUAUAGCUUGAAUUGCUUUCAAAUUUUCAGUAUAAAAAGUUGUGGGUAGAAAAGGAAUUUAAUUGUGAAUUAAUCAUAUCCCAGAAUUUUUAUCAGAAAUUUCAGGUAUUCUUUCGGUAUAUAGGUCUAAGAAAAUACAGCAUUGAUUGUUUCCUUGUUGAUCAAGAAUAAGAUAUUUAAUAUACCUGCAGUCAUUAAUCAAAUGUCUGUAUCCUUAAAGCUAUACUGUCAAUUAGCUGCAAAUUAGCAAUAAAAUUCAAUAUUUAAUUGCUUUGUAUAUUUAUGUAAGUUAUUAGAUUUAAAUUCCUAUGUAUUUUGCAUAGACCCUUAAAUUGACUGGUAAUCAAUUUUAGGUAUUUCUUGGCAAAAUAUCUCUGAAUCAUAUUUUGAUACUAUGUCAUUGGGAAUUGGUAACUUUAUUUGAUCUUUUGAAAUGAGCAAUUCAAUAUUUAAUCAAAUUUUUGAGGGUUUUUUGCAGUUUUUACCACAUACAGCAUAUCUGAUUUUGUUUUUUAUUUUGUAAAUAUUAUGAAAGAUUUUAAGUGGUAAUAGACAAACCAAUCUCAAACAGGCUUUGAUUAACAGUUCCAAUGCAAUGCAUGUGAUAGUUUGAUUUUGUCUUUCUACUAAUGUUUAUUAUUGUACAAGUAGAUGUGUUUAGUUAACAUAAUUUGGUGAAAGUAUCAAAUUAUAAUUGUAUGUGAUCCUAAUAAUUUGAAAGAGUAUAUGUAAUCAUUUUUGCUGAUGACUGCAAACUAAGCUUGGGCUACAGUAUAUUAGCAAAUAUCGGCGAUAGUGUAUCGUUCAAUCUAUUUUAUACAAAAGUGUGAAAUAAAGAAUUGUCGUACAUGAAAUA